CAAGGUGAAUGAAUGCAAACUGAACCAAAUUCAAUGCCCAAAAGUUGCGUUUUCUUCAAGUGAUUGCCAGCUCGCUUCGUUAUCACCAAUUACCCUCCAAGUUCACGACAACUUGGUUCGUUGAAUAACAUCAACCCGCUACACUCGGUCGACUUCUCACCACUCAAACAUACCCAAACAUCUCCUGUACUCGACACAGAAUGCCUGCCCCAGUUUACAUCAUCUCCCGGGUUGCGGAUCCCAUCUUUGCCGUCUUCAUCGGCGUUUCCGCUGCGGCUUUGAGAAUCAACCGCGAGGAGAAGGAGAAAGGCCGCGCCACCCAGGAUAUCUUCCAGAUUGCUCGUCGGCGCCUUGGUCUCACCUCGACUGCCAAGAGCUCGUAAGCUACUACUAUCUGAUCAUGUCAACAUGAUGCAGUCACUUGCUACCGAGAAACAGCCGGUUGCGGUCAUGGUCGCGCCUUC